GAAGGUUCAUAUCUAAAGCCCACUUUAUUUAAUGGGCCAUUAAUGGAAAUUUCGGGUCAUAGCUGUUCCAGCUGGAUAAAAGUAUAAAACCCGAAUAAUUCGUAAGCAGGUGAAUAGUUUUAUGGUUUCUAGAUUUCAGCGAGUACAUGCCUCUCUCUCACCGCAGAGACCAUCGAGUGUCUUCUUCCUCCUUCCCCAAAGAGCUUAGGUAGAGAUGGAUCAUAUGUACAAGAGCCAGCUGCAAUCAUAUGCAUUGAAACAAAACAUGGAGCUUCCCGUCUAUGCCGCUGAGAGACAAGGCCCUGCGCAUGCUCCGCGAUUCCGAUGUAAGGUCACUGUUUGCGGACAGACUUUUCAGAGCCAAGAAUUCUGCCCAACACUGAAAGCGGCUGAACAUGCUGCUGCUAAAGUAGCAUUGGCUUCGUUGACGCCAUUGAAUCCAGAGGGAGUUGUUGUUGAUGUUGCUUACAAGAACCUGUUACAAGAAAUUUCGCAGAAAGAAAACUCUCUUUUACCGGUUUAUGCAACUGCUACAUCUGGUCCAUCACAUGCACCUACUUUUACCUCAACCGUUGAGUUUGCAGGGAAUCUCUACAGAGGAGAAGAAGCAAAGACCAAAAAGCUGGCUGAAAUGAAUGCUGCCAAAGUAGCAUUCAUGAGCAUAAAAUAUGGACACCCAAACCAGACCCCAUCAUCGCCUUCUUUGACUCUUGAGAAACAAGAAGCUGCAAAUUCAAAUGUGAAGAGCAGUGAACAAGUGAGCCCUUCCCAACUUUCCAAGAUGGUGACCCCUGAUGUCCCAUCAAAGUGGAUUGAAGUGUACGAAGAUGAACUCCCAGACGUUCUGAAUGCACCAGCCAAUAGUGUUAAGGACAUAAACAUUACUGCAUCGCCUGUGGCUACUCACCCUACUAACGAUGCUACUCUUACUGCCGCACCAGCUGCUACGGAGAUGAUGAACGUUGCUGCUGCUGACUCUUCGGCUAUGCCCGUGAACAAUGUUAAUGAAUCAUCAGCACGUGUAGAAGAGAGUGAGAAGAAGCUGGUAAUGGGAAGUGGGUACCAGAGUAUACCAAGUGGCCAACAUGUAGUUUGUCGUCCAUGGAACCCAGGGAUGACUCUUCCUGAAGACGCGGAGAUGCUCUUUAGGGACGACAGAUUCAUUGCUUAUCGUGUCGUGAAGCAGUAAAAAAGAGCUCGUGUCUCUCUGUGGGAUAGAAGAAUUGAAGGUUAAAGGCUGCUUUUUUGGGAUAAGUGACUCUAGUAAUGGUGAAUAUUGUUAAGUAGUUGUCAUCUUUGAUGUAUUAAGGGUAAAAAUAAAACGAAGAAUAUUGGAAUCCACUGCGUAGACAAAUCGUAACUUAGCUAAGCUAAGCUAAUAUCACUUCUGUCUGUGUCA